AUGUCAUUUGACAGGAGUGAGGAUUCGAAACUGAAGUUCAAGACUUCCAGAAAACUUAAAAUCUCACCGACUUUUGAGUCAAUGAACUUGAAAGAUGACUUGCUGCGAGGAAUUUAUUCAUAUGGGUUUGAAGCUCCUUCUGCUAUUCAGUCGCGUGCAAUCUCACAAAUAAUAUCUGGAAAGGAUGUUAUUGCGCAGGCCCAAUCAGGUACAGGUAAGACUGCCACCUUUACUAUUGGUGCGCUACAAGCAAUACAACUGAAGAGAAAAGAUUUGCAAGCAUUAGUGUUAUCACCGACACGAGAGUUAGCUAGUCAGAUUUGUCAAGUUGUUUGCAAUCUUGGAGACUACAUGAAUGUGAAAGCAUUCGCCAUUACUGGUGGCAAGACUCUAAAGGACGAUAUAAAAAAGAUACAGAGUAAUGGCUGUCAUGUUGUGAGCGGAACGCCCGGGAGGGUACUAGAUAUGAUCAAAAGACAGAUUUUACAAACAAGGAAUGUAUCAAUGUUAAUCUUGGACGAAGCUGAUGAGUUAUUAAGUGAGACUUUGGGUUUUAAACAACAAAUUUAUGAUAUUUUUACAAAAUUGCCCAAGGCCUGCCAAGUUGUUGUGGUUAGUGCCACUAUGAGUAAAGAUAUCCUAGAAAUAACAAAAAAAUUCAUGUCUCAACCGGUAAAGAUUUUGGUUAAAAAGGAUGAAAUAUCUUUGGAAGGGAUCAAACAAUAUUUUGUUGACGUUGAUAAAGAGGAAUGGAAAUUCGAUACCCUGUGCGAUCUUUAUGACUCAUUAACAAUAACUCAAGGUGUCAUAUUUUGUAAUACAAAGAAAAAGGUAGAGUGGUUGGCACAAAAAAUGUCGCAAUCCAAUUUUGCAGUGGUGGCGAUGCACGGUGAUAUGAAACAAGAAGACAGAGAUAAAGUAAUGAACGACUUCAGGACUGGCCAUUCAAGGGUUUUAAUUUCAACCGAUGUAUGGGCCCGUGGUAUUGACGUGCAACAAGUUUCUUUAGUGAUAAACUACGAUCUGCCCGAAAUUAUGGAGAAUUAUAUUCAUCGUAUUGGUAGAAGUGGGAGGUUCGGUCGUAAAGGUACGGCUAUUAACUUCAUCACCACCACCGAUGUAUCAAAGCUGAAGCAGAUUGAAAAAUACUACUGUAUACGGAUAAAAGCCAUGCCAGCCAGCCUGUCCGAUCUGUAA